AAUCUGUGGGUCGCGACUUUCUCUCUCUAUAGGACAGGCUGCCGGGAAAUAAAGAAGGGAUCCCAGCCAUCCAUGGAGAAUUGGAGAGGUGGAGGGGAGAGAGACAAGCCGGCGUCCAUGUCCUCAUGUCCACACCCCCAAUACCUGCUUUUUCGCAGAGGUGGAUAUGUGGCCAUGCCAUUUCUAGAGGGAGAAACACGGCAAGGGGAGGAGGUAACGGGUCCGGUCUGCAUCGUCACACUCGCACCCUUUUCUUUGUCUCCCUCCCCCAGUCGCUCGCUCUAGUAGCCUCUUCGCCACCAAUGACCACGAGGGACGAGACGAGAGGACCGACUGGUUCGCUCCUCGUGGAGGCCGGGCGGCAAGCGAGCGAGGGAAAGGAGGGACAGCGCCCCACUACUUCCGUCCACUCCAUAUGCCAUUACCACCCACCACCUCCCCGUCUACCACCGCCCACUAGAGCCUAGAGAGAGAAAAGAGUUGUUGCCUUGUUGGUGUUCAUUGCGUGCGCGCUGGCCUCCUCGCCUUCCCUCCCUCCGCCCCCUCCCCCUGUUCUCAUCCGCAGUCACCAUGGGCCUUUUUGGGUUUUCGGCACCACCACACCAUCUCACUCAUGGGUCAGAGCAGUCCCCUCCGCUCCCUUCCCUUCACACGGCGCGGGAAGAGAGAGAGAGAGAGAGGAGAGGGCGGACGGAGCAGGCGCAAGAAACUUCCACCCACACCUCCCCUGCUUCCCCUUCCAACCUUUAUUAGUAUUAUCUCCUUCCUUCCCCCCCUCCCUCCCUCGGUCCCGUCCCCUCUCGCUCUCUCCUCCGUCUCUCCACGAUCCGCCGGCUCCUUCUUGUUCCCAAUCGCGGUGAGGUGACGCGGCGAUGAAGAGGGCCAACAAGGUGGUCCUGGCCCAGCCGGCCGCGGCGGCGGCGCCGCCUCGGCUGCUGCCUCGGGCGCCCAGGCCCAUCCGAGGCGACGGGGGAGAGGCGUACCGGACCAGCCAGAGGUACCAGAGCCUCCUUCAGGACUACAAGGAGCUCCUCAAGGAAACUGCAGCAAAGAAGAACAGAUUGCAUUUGGAGAAGCUGAAGAAGCAAAGGCUUUCGGCCGAAGUCAAGUUUUUGCGAAGAAGGUACCAAUCCAUGUCCGGAAACCCAUCUCAGACAUCUGUUUAUAGACUGAAGAACCCUGCAAUGGUGCCUACUACUUCCCGGACCACCGUGUGGGUUGAUCACCACCGGCCCAUUCAGGCCGUUGGGAGUUCAAGCAAAGGCCAUCAGCCUGUGCAGCAGCAAAGGCAGCAUCUGGUUCCGCGGGCGUCUCCAAUUAUUGACCUCAACGAGGCUUGUGAGCUGAGUUCCUCGGAGGAGACCGAAGAAUUUCAUGGUUACGAGGAGACUGCCAGGGCAGAUAAGGUGAACAAGUACAUGUUACAAGGCAAUGUCGUCGCUGGUCCUAGCGACUCGAAAAUGUCGGCGUUCUGGGAUGCCCGGAACCCCGCGGUGGCGCGAGCCGGGAAGAGGAAGAUCUCAUGGCAGGAUCAGUUGGCUCUUAGAGUAUAGGUUGCUAGAUUACAAUGUCAAGUGUGGUUUUAGCAGCAGUUGUGCCUCAAUCUCUGGUCCUCGAACUGUAAAAGAACCCUUCCUUUUGAGUCAUCAGUGGAUGUGGAUAAAAUGAAAAGUUCUAGCUGAGAAAGAAGAUAAAAUAGUUGAUGAAA